CGCUAGGGAACGCGACGCGCCUCAUCUGAACCAUUUUUACUUGUUAGUUUGUAGUGUCUGUUGUCGACGAAGUAGAAUUGAUAAUCUUGAUCCGAACUCCCAAUUUGGUAAAGAAAUAUUUAUUGUGUACACAUCUCACGGUCGCAAGCAUGAAGGAAGCGCACGUGUCGAAAGGCCCCGUCGUCAAGAUCGUGGACUCCCCCAUCCCGGAACCUGAGGACGACCAGGUGCUCAUCCAGGUCGUGGUGUCCGGGUCGAAUCCGAAAGAUUGGAAAGUUCCGCAAUGGCUCGGUGACUCCAACAAUGGUGGUGAUGACAUCGCAGGAAUUGUCCAUUCGGUUGGAAAGAAUGUCUGGGACUUCAAGAAGGGGGAUCGAGUUGCGAGUUUCCAUGAGAUGAGGACGAAGGGUGGUUCUUACGCGGAGUAUGCUCUUGGAUGGAGUCAUAGCACAUUUCUCCUUCCGAACAAUGUGUCCUUCGAAGAAGCGGCAACACUUCCCCUAGCAGCCAUGACAGCAGCAAUCGGCCUCUUCCUUCGGCUCAAGUUGCCCCAGCCCUGGGUACCCAAGAGCGCCGACACUGGACCUCUCGUCGUCUACGGCGGCGCGUCAGCAGUCGGAGCCUACGCAAUCAAGCUCGCAAAGCAAGCCGGCAUCCACCCCAUCAUCGCCGUCGCUGGGCGCGGAAUUCCCUACGUAGAGAAGCUCAUCGACCGCUCAAAAGGCGACACCGUCAUCGACUACCGCCAGGACGACUCCAAGAUCGUAUCCGACAUCCGCUCCGCGCUCAACGGCCAAAAGCUCUGGUACGCCUUCGACGCCGUCUCCGAGCAUGGCAGCUACGGCAACAUCGUCAAGGUGCUCGAGGAGAAGGGCGGGAAAAUCACUUUCGUCCUCCCCGGCAAGAACUACGAAGGCAUUCCCGAGGGCGUCGAGCAGACCAUCACGAGCGUUGGGUCUACGCACUCUGACGCGAAGGACUUCGCGUACGUCUGGUUCCGGUACUUGGCGAGGGGGCUUGCGGAGGGUUGGUUCACUCCGCAUCCUUUCGAGGUUGUGUCUGGGGGGUUGGCGGGUCUGCAGGGCGCGUUGGAGAACUUGAGGGAUGGGAAGGCGAGUGCGACGAAGUAUGUCUUUAGGAUUGCGGAUACGGAGGGUGCUGGUCAGAGUAAGCUAUGAAGUGGCAUGUUUCUUGCGAAGAGAGUGCUGUAGGUAAAAUGAGAAAUGCAUCUACUCGUCAAGAUUGAUAUCGAGGUACGUCUUGGACUCUUGGAACCUUUCGUCUGCGAGAUUCGUACAUUCGUUUGUACAUGUGGUCGACUAGAUCACAUUCUAUGAUUGUCUGUUGUAUCAUUGCAGUGCAGGGUAGAUUCGCGUACCUGCUUGAUGUCGAUGUGCACUCAUUGGUCCAAGAUAAGUGUCCUCAGUCGUAACUUGAAAGUACAGAGGGUUGGCACGUCGGGCUACCUGCUAAUUUCAUGUAUUUUCUAUACCCAAAGUUUCUACUUAAGAAUGUACUCUAGCUAGUAAACAAU